AGACUCUGGUAGGACCGGAUGAUGAUGGAGAGCAUCUUGUUACAGAAUCGGAGUGUGCAAGAGCCGUGGCUUUGAAUGAUUCUGUGCUAACACUUCCAGAAGACCACAAUUCUACAGAUGUAAUAGAGGAAUCAGACUCUAAUACUGAACAGUCAGAGUUCCUGUCUUCUCCUUUGUCUACACAACCAGUGCCUGAAGACAGUGCUGUACCUAAAAUACUUGUAAGCAUGCGCAGAUCUGCACAGAAGCCUGUUAUCUCAGAAAACAAGGGUGACCCUGUGGAGACUGACAAGUCUGAUUGCACCUCAGAUAACACAAAUGGAUCCUCUCACACUUACUCAUGCUCGCAGUGUCCAUUCAGUCACUCUCAGGAGCAAAACCUCAGAAGUCACAUAAAGAAAGUCCACUCCACUGAAGUAAUGGGAAGUGGGACUGCAGUUGACCCCAAUUUGCCCAACAGCUGUCAUGUUUGUGGCAAAAGCUACCACUUCCCGUGCUCAUUAAAAGCCCAUCAGAGCACCCACACCGGAGAGCGUCCUUUUCUCUGUCCAGUAUCUGAAUGCGGCCGCAGUUUCUCCCAUUCCCAGGCCCUCCGUCGCCACAGACUCAUUCAUGUGCCCAAAGACAUCCUAAUAUCAUCAAAUGAUGUUCCUGAGGAAAACAAACCACAAAAGCCAGAAUCCCAAACCUAUGACUGUCUGUACUGCGGAGAGACCUUCAGCUCGCUCAGCGCCAGGAGAGACCAUCACAAGACCCACCCUGAAGAAGCAGUGCAUCGCUGCAACACCUGCGGGAAGCAGCUUAGCUGUCAGGCAGCUCUAAUCCGACACAAGCGGAUCCAUGCAGAGGAACGACCCUAUAAGUGUACCGAAUGUCAGUCCACCUUCAUUUGCGCAACCUCUUGCAAACGACACAUGCUGACCCAUCAGCCGGAGAGACCAUUCAUUUGCACCUGUGGAAAGGGCUUCACAUACAUGGAAGAGAGACCAUACCGUUGCACGGACUGCGGGAAGGGGUUUCUGUACCCAGGGGCUUUGGCGCAACACCAGAGAACCCACUCCAAAGAGAAACCAUGCCUUUGUGCACAUUGUGGGAAGAACUCUAAUAUAGAGAAUUCUCUUUGUUCACACUCGGACAGCCACGGCACAGAGAAAACUUUUAAAUGCACCUUGUGCGACAAGUCAUUCGUGUUCAAGGCCAGCUUGGCCCGGCAUAAACUCACACACACCGGAGAAAGACCGUUCCUUUGUGCAGACUGUGGAAAGGCCUUUUUCACCUUCGGAGAGUUGCUCAAGCACCAGCGCUACCACACAGGACAUAAACCUUUCCGAUGCCUGGACUGCAAAAAGAGUUUUACGCAAGCGUGCUACUUGCAGGUCCACAUGAGGCACCACACAGGCAUACGGCCUUAUUCGUGUUCUGAGUGUAACAAGAGUUUCUUCAGUUCUUACCGCCUUAAGAGGCACCUGCGGAUUCACACGGGAGAGAAACCCUUCCAGUGCUUGGACUGCGGGAAAAGAUUUCAACAGUCAUAUCACCUGAAAGUGCACUUCCAGACUCAUGUAGAAAAGAGAUCUGAAAGCAGGACGUCUAAUGCUUCAUUGAUGGCAUCAUAAUUACUGGGGGGGGAUAUAAAGUAUUAUGUUAAGUGUUUACACACACAUUAUGAAUGUUUUUUUUUUUUUGUGCAUAUUUGUUCUCAUACACACACACAGGUUCCUUUAAUGUGGGUCAAAUUGUGUUUUAUAUCAACAUUAGGUGA